AUGCGUGGACUCGCCUACCAACUUUUCUCCGACUACAAGCCGCCUACGCCCGAAGAGGAGGAAGCUGAGCUGCGUGAGCUUAUGCGCCUGGAUGCAAAGUACGGACACUUGCCUCUCUUCAAUGGCCCGCUCCCCCGCACCAACGCUUCGAGGGCCACGUCGACAAGCUCGGUUUCGACACUCGAACGCGGCAACGGAUCGACACUCGUUGAAGACAGUGGUGCUGGCUCGAACACUGAAGAUGGGCUCCUCUCUUAUGAACAUGAUUCUGAAGUCGACACGAAGAGCCUCUCGUCGCUGAAGCUUCAGGACCUCGACUUGCAGCAUGCAUUGGCUAAUCCGUUGCCUAUUCGCGACAGUCUCCACCCACGCAUCGCACCGGCCAACCGUCAGGGUUUCCAAACGGUUGCGCUGGGAACCAACAUGUACCGCAUCAGGAUUGCGCGUGAACAGUGGGUGUUUCGCUACGACAUCGGAGUGGAACUCGUGAUCAAGGACGGCGAGCGCGGUGAAAAAGUCAUCUCCUUGAACCGAGGUGUCCGCGACGAUAGCGAGACCAUCCGCCGGUCGGAGAUUAUUCGUGCUGCCUUGCGUGUUGCCCUCGAGGCUUACAGCAUCAUGCGUCAGAGUGCUGCUGGUGUCUUUGACGGCCAGAACAUUCUCUUCACGAAUGAGGACAUCGAGGCUGCUUUGAAGCCGCACCACGGCACUUUGACACUUGCACUCGCUGAUAUGCCGCCGGAGGUCCGCGAACUGUUUUACUCGCGUGAUACCGCGGAGCUACGUGUAACGAUUCGACCUACCAUGACUGGAGAUCAGCGGUUCCGCAUUGGCGACAUUGAAGAUAAGGUGAAGGACGGCAAGUUGGGAGACGUCGAUCGGCCGCUUCGGCAAUUCUACGAGCUUCUCACGAACGAGGCUGCAGCCGCAAAGAAUGACUAUAUGUUCUUCGGAUCCGGCCGUGGCUACUUGACCGACCCUAAAUAUUCUACCGCGAUCAAAUACGGUCAAGAACGGAAGCCAGGAUUCAAUAAGGGUACUUGCUUUGUUGACGGCAUGAGCGGGGAAGAUCGUCUUAUUACUGCCCUAGUGAUCGAUGCAAAGCUGGGAAAUUUUUACCGCCACGAGCCACUCAUCAAUAUGGUCACGGCGCUCUGUGAAAGAAGAAGCCCCGAUGAAGUGACCUGGAACGAAAAGUCCCUGAAGCUGGUGCACCGCCAGCUCAAAGGCAUACGACUUCAAACCAAAGACGCCAACAAACGCUCCUUUGUCUGCCAGGGCUUGGAAAUCCAAGAGCUAAAAUUCAAGACUAUCAUGGACUGCACGGCUCGGGUUCAUGGAUCCAAUAUUGAAGUUCCGCUAGCCGAUAGAUUCAAGGAGCAAGGAAUCCUCAUCCGGCACAUGAACUGGCCCGUGGUCGUUGAAAAGAGGAUGCAGGGCCCGGAUUUCUACUAUCCGAUCGAGCAAUUGGUGGUGUGCCCGAAUCAGCGAGUCCCGCUUGCCAAGGCGCUUGAGAACCCGGAGCGCGCCUGGCCACCCACUCAACGCGUCGCAAUGAUCAACAACCAUCUCAACGCGCUGAAUCUGGGAAGAAACAACGAGAUCUUUGCGAAGUUCGGUGUCACCAUCGAUACGACCCCGCUUCAAACCACGGGCUUCCGCCGUAGCGCUCCGAAAAUCGAAUACGGCAACAAUUUGGCGGCCCCGACAGAUGCCUCCAAGGCGACCUGGCGCAGCGGCCACGCUAAAUACAAAGAAGGAGCCAACAUCGACAUGCUUGUCGUUAUUUGGAACGGAAGUGACGGAAGCGGCCCGCCCAAUAGCCGCGUACCCCCAGAUGUCGUCUUCGAUGCGCUGAAAAACUUCCUCGCGGUGCUGAAGACUUCGACCACGAAGAAGGGCAUGUCGAUUCGUCAGAUUGAGUUCAUCAAAGAGCCAACCAACCUGAACGCUGAGAUGACGCAGGGCAAUAUCUUCGAAAAGGCACGUGCUGAGCGCAAAACACGCGGCCCUGAUGCUAAAAUCAUCGUUUUGUACGUUGAUCCGGCCGAGAAUAAGACACAUGGAGAGCUCAAAUACCUGGAGUCGAAGUACCAAAUCGUCACGCAGCACCUGGCUCUACAGGUCGUCCAGAAAUCUACUCGCGGUGGUGCGGCGACCAUGGAGAACAUUCUUGCCAAGUUGAAUAUGAAAGCCGCCGGACUGAACCAUGUGGUCGCACCUGAAGCAUUUGCUUCGAGUCUGUGGCUCGGUUCGACGCUCAUUUUCGGUUACGACGUCUGCCACCCAACACGCCAAACAGUCGCGGAACGUGCGCUGGGCAUUGCGGCUGAUACCCCUUCGGUCGUCGGGUUCUCACACAACGCGUCGAGGAACCGCAAUCUCUUCGUCGGAGACUUUGCGUAUCAAGAACCUGGCGAGCGGGUCGAAGAUUCCGUGCUCAACGAACGUAUGAAGUGGAUGCUCCGCCACUGGCUGCAACAUCGAGGACCGGAGCUUCCGGAACAAAUCCUUGUCUUCCGUGAUGGUGUAUCGGAAGGACAAUACGACAUGGUGGUGCGCAACGAACUUUCGGCGCUGGAGGAGGCUUGCGACGAGCACAAGCCAGGCUAUCGUCCUCGUUUCGCCGUUACCGUCGUCACCAAGCGCCAUCACAAGCGCUUCUUCCGGAACGGCCCCCGCGGUGUGGAGAACCCUGAAGCCCUCACUGUCGUUGAUCAAGACGUUGGAACGGCGAAGGCCAGCCAGUAUACACUCGUUCACUCGGAUAUCCCGGAGAUUACACAAGAUAGUCUCCAGUCGCUUGUCAUGGCACUAUGCUUCGAGCAUCAGAUCUGCCCAAUGCCGAUCUCUAUUCCUGAACCCGUCUACCAAAGCGACGAAUGGGCUGAGCGCGGAGACGCCCUGAUCAAGGUCUACAAGGAUAAUUUCCGCCUUCCGCGCAAGGGCGACAGCAGCAACCGUGGUGACGACAAGAGACAGCCGGUGGACUGGGCCGAGAUGACGAAGCGCCUCUCCUACAUGAACCGGCCCCUCGACGGACGGCGCACGAACGCC